GUGAAAUGUACCGAAAUAUAAAGCUCUUCGCAUAUCUAAUAUAUCAUGGAUGUCGGAUAGUCAACUUCUACAACAUUUGCCAACCGUGGUAUCCAGACACUAAACUUUGAUAUCGAAAUCAUGGCAGAGAAGAAUACAGAGGCUGAUUUGCCUGGUUUCCGUCAUCUUGAGAUGUCCUCUGCAGAUUUGAGGAGAGACUCGACAUCUGAUAACUUGGCUACUCUCAAGACUGACAUUAGAGACAUUGCAAUCAUUGAAGUGACGGAUGAACAGAAUCGCAGAGUCUUGCGCAAGAUUGAUCGAUGUCUCCUCCCCAUUAUGGGUAUCGCCUUCAUGCUUCAAUUCCUUGAUAAGGCUGCUCUAGCAGCAUCGACUUUGCUUGGCCUGCUCGAUCCGACAACAGGCGGGAUCGCUUUGGUAGGAUCCCAAUUUGCAUGGUGCUCUUCGAUUUUCUACUUCGGGUAUCUUGUUUUCAGUUUCCCAAGCGCCUACCUUAUCGUCCGCUUGCCAAUCGGAAAGUACCUAGCUUCCGUUGUUAUACUCUGGGGCGGGAUAUUAAUGUGCACCUCUGCUUGCAAGACAUUUAGUGCCUUGAUGGCUCAAAGAUUCUUUCUCGGUGUCGCGGAAGCAGCCAUCACACCAGGGUUUUCUCUCGUCACUGGGAUGUUCUACACGCGUAAGGAGCAGCCUCUACGCCAGGGUGCAUGGUUUAUUGGAAACUGUCUUGCUCUCAUACUAGGUGGACUGAUUACGUAUGGAGUCAAGAACAUUCCUAACCCUCCUCUUCCACAUUGGAAAUUAUUGUUUCUGUUUGAAGGAGCUGCUACUUGUGCAUAUGGAGUCUUCAUGAUCUUCGUCUUACCAGACUCUGUUAUGACAGCCUGGUUUUUAAAUCAUGAAGAGCGCACCAUUGCCUUAGCCCGUACAUUGAAGAACAAGACUGGCGUUCUCGACAGCGGCGUCUUUAAAUGGGAACAAUUCAAUGAGGCAUUUCGAGAUCCACAAACGUGGCUCAUUGCGCUCUAUAAUGUUGCCAUCAAUCUCCCAAACGGUGCUUUAAACACGUUCCAACCUCUUAUUGUUAAUGGCUUAGGCUUCAACACUCUCACCUCAAUCUUGCUCCAGAUGCCAACUGGUGGAAAUGAAAUCGUCUUCCUCCUCAUCACCUCUAGCCUCGCCUCAUUACUUCCGCACGCGCGUGUUCUGAUUAUGAUUUUUAAUUGUGUUGUCGCCAUGGUUGGCAUGGUCCUAGUGUACAGUCUCAAGUCCCAAGCUGGGCAAAUGACCGGUGUCGUCUUCGCCGCCACAUACGCCAUCAACAUCCCUAUAUUUCUCAGUCUAAUCACAUCUAACGUUUCGGGCUUCACCAAGAGAAGCACAGUUAGUGCGAUUGUGUUCGUGAUGUAUUGUGUUGGUAACAUCGCUGGUCCGCAGUUUUAUCUCGAGCGUCAAAAACCACGAUACCAGAUGGGUCUAAUAUCCUCGCUCGUCGGAUAUGCCGUUGGCAUCACCUCUCUCAUUUGCCUGUACGCUUAUUACCGGUAUGAGAAUCGUCGGAGAGACAGGGUGUAUGGUUCUGAAUCAGAAGUCAACACUAACCAAGAACUCACCGAUGAGUUGUCUAACGAAACCGACCGUACGAUUACUAGCUUUCGCUAUAUGAUGUGAAGUUUGGUUGAGUCCUGGUCAAACGUUUGUAUGCUAUAUACUUCAGGCGCGCACUGUUGUCUUCUAGAGAGCAAACAGAG